ACAUGAGCUUGUGUUGUGUUUAAAGAGGGCCACUCCAACGACACGCUUCAUGUAGCAAGAGCCUUGAAAAUCAAGGGUUUUUGGUGGAAUCAGCAGAGUUUGACUGUUCACAGUCAGUGAGCAAAACCCAGUACAGACGUGAACACAGGGGAGAGUGAACACAGCCGACUGGAAAAACACACAGACAACCGCCUCACAACACAACACCACAGAGACGAGAGGUCAGAGAGGACAUGGCUGGCCUUCUGAUGCGUUUAACCUCUGUCAUGAUGUUCUUCAAUCUGAGCGCAAAUUCAUCUCAACUAGUAAUUCCCGAGAGCUUGAUUAUAUCUUCAUUCCAAGAGAGUCUUCAGAUGGUCAAUACAGCACUGAAUCAAACUGCACACUGCAGGUUUGAUCCUCGGCCGCCCCCUUCACAGAUGUACACGCUCUCCAGACGGGCGUCAUCAGAAACACAGCACAUCUCCAAAUCAGCAGAGAUCUUUCACAUGACUUUAGGGCUUUUAAAGGAGAAGGCGAACAGGAGACAUAGAAGAGCACUGCCUGUGCCAGAACUCCUUUCCGUGAAGGCAGUGGAGUGGAUAGCAAACCUGUCUGGAUGCCCUCAGACCUUUCAGCCCACCACCUGCGCCUCGGAAGGAAAAUACCGCAGCAUCUCUGGAGUCUGCAAUAACAGGAAGAACCUGCUUUGGGGAGCAGCCAACACCGGCUUGGCCAGAUGGCUCCCCGCGGAGUACGAGGAUGGAGAAAACCAACCCAAAGGCUGGAACGCUGGACGCCAAUACAGCGGCUUCCAACUUCCUCUGGUUCGAGAAGUCAGUAACAAAAUCAUGCGUGGCUCCAGCACAUCCGUCCAGGAGGAUAACGCUUACUCCCAGAUGCUGGUGGACUGGGGCCAAUACAUCGACCACGAUAUCUCCUUCACACCUCAGAGCUCCAGCCAAACCGCUUUCUCGGAGGGACAGGACUGUCUGCACACCUGCACCAAUGCCAACCCCUGCUUCCCAAUGCAGAUUCCCAAGGAUGAUAAACUGCCCAGAAACAAAAGCUGUCUUCCGUUUUUCCGUUCUUCACCCACCUGCCUAAAUAGCCAGACAGACACACAACACGUUCGACAACAGAUGAAUUCAGUCACGUCCUUCAUAGACGCGUCAACCGUCUACGGCCAUUCGGCAAACCUCGAGAAAAUCCUCCGAAACCUCUCUGGCUCUGAAGGGCUGCUGGCUGUCAAUAGUAAAUACACGGAUGAGGGCCGGCCGUACUUGCCCUUUGUCUCUGUCCAGCCAUCCGCGUGCCUCCAGGAUCCCGGGUCAGAGCGGGUCGAGUGUUUCGCGGCAGGUGACAGCAGGGUAAACGAGAUCCUGCCCCUGUCUGUCCUCCACACGCUCUGGGUGAGAGAACACAACCGGCUGGCCAAACACCUGACACGACUCAACCCUCACUGGGGGUCAGAGGUCAUCUACCAGGAGACACGCAAAAUCAUUGGAGCGCUUCAUCAGAUCAUAACCAUGAGGGACUACGUUCCAAAAAUCAUUGGACGGGAAGCGUUUGAUGAGUAUAUCGGACCGUACGAGGGCUAUAACGACUCUGUGAAUCCUUCUGUGUCAAACGUGUUCGCCACGGCCGCGUUCCGUUUCGGUCAUGUGACCAUCUCACCGGUGCUCAGGAGACUGAACGAGAGCUUCCAGGAACACGAACACUUCUCUUCUCUGAAUCUCCAUCAGACUUUCUUCAGCCCUUGGAGACUGAUAAAAGAAGGCGGACUGGAUCCGGUCCUGCGGGGUCUUCUGGGCCGGCCGGCUGCCCUGCAGAGCCAGGACCAUCUAAUGACAGAAGAACUGACGGAAAGACUCGUGGUUCUCAACAUCCCAGAGACUUUAGAUCUGGCAGCUCUGAACCUGCAGCGGGGACGAGAUCACGGCUUACCAGGUUACAAUGACUGGAGGCUUUUCUGUGGAUUUGACAGAGUUGAAACCAGAUCAGAUCUGGCCGAGGUGAUCGGCAAUGAUGUUUUGGUAGAGAAAGUAAUGGAUUUGUAUGGACAUCCAAACAACAUUGAUGUGUGGCUGGGAGGAGUGCUGGAGCGACCGCUGUCUGGAGCCAGGACCGGACCGCUCUUCGCAUGCUUGAUUGGAAAACAGAUGAAGACGCUGAGGGAAGGUGACAGAUUCUGGUGGGAACAUCCUGGCGUCUUUUCCUCAAAACAAAGACAGGAACUACAGAGGCACUCUCUGUCUCGUGUCAUCUGUGACAACAGUGGUGUGACGGAGGUUCCUCUUGAUCCGUUCAGAGUAGAAACUUACCCGGAGGACUUUCUCUUCUGUGGAAACAUCCCGUCACUGGAUCUGGAGGAAUGGAAAGAGCAACCUGAUGACAACUUGAGACUCUGACUGCAAGACGAGUGGCAGUUUCUCCGAGAUGCCGUCAGCGACACCAGCGGCACAAGAACUUUGACGUACCGCACAAUGACACACCGUUAAGACAAAAAAAGAGCUGCCGAACAUCGAGCACGUAACUACAGGACGCCCGUGCAGGUCUGAUGAAUCAAGACUCUCAUUAUGUUGGAAUAUAAUACACUGAGCUGCACGGAGCGCAUACAGGCCCUAAUUAGUGAUGGAUUAAUAUUCUUUACCUGCCUCAUUCUCCAACGGCACAAAAGCACUGAUCAGUGUAUCAUUUCAAAGCAAUUAUGAAUGAGUUCAACUCUGAACCGAAGACCAUGUAGCUCCAUGUAAAAUGCAUUUACUGAUUAAAAUAUAUUAAUUCACUGUAUGUUGACUAAUGUAAGUUCACCAUCAUAUCUGGUUUCAAAACUAAAAUAUAAAUGCAAUAAAUGUCCAUUUCCCAGUUUGUGACUUUACUGCAUAGGCUGCGUAUAAUCCAUGCAUAUUUAUUAUUAAAAAUAUACAAAUUUAUCCUAAAUGUAUGUAAGCAAAUAAGUAAUAAUUUGAGUGUUUACAUCCUUUUGCAUUAAGAGAAAAUGGUGCAAUCAAAUUAAGUAGGCUACUGAGUUAGUGCACUAAGUAGUAGCUACUAAUCCCUGAGCGUGAACUAAUUUAAACCAUACCAUAUGAAUACUUGAUGAACCGAGUGUUCAAACCGAAAGCAAUGUCCUUUCUUCGCUAUUAAAUGAGUACAAAUCUAUUCAAACAGAUGUAGGCUACAUUUACAUUUUAAACCUGAAAUUAAACUCUUUGGUGAGGACGGACUCCUCCAUUUUUGACACAAAUAGGCAUCACAUUUGCAUUCAGCCAUAUCUUGUCCUGGUUUUGUUUUAGAUAAUGGAAUACAAAAGCAAUCAGUUCUGGAAAAUGAGACGGCCAGAAUUAAAUAAAAUGGAGCCUUUUAGGCAAUCCACUGCAAUUUCUGAUGUGUUGACCAAUUACGCCUCUCUCCUGUUCACCGUAAUUCAAAGCAGCAUUUGUAGCGUGGAGCUCUUAGAGCAAUCUCAGCAUUUCCACAUGCUUAAUUAGAGCAGAUCUGUUAUUCAGAAUGAAUGCGUCUGUACUGUUUGUGUAUGUGGAUCACUGAUAACACACACAAAAAACCGCACAGCACUUCCUUUAUAAAGUCUGCUAAUGCAAUAGACUGUAUGCAUCACUCUGCAUAGAAUAAGUGCAGUUACAGUACUUCAAGAAUCUUUCUACCUGAUCUAAGUAGUAUAAUUUCAGUGUACUUAUUGGUUACCUAUAAUGUAAAGCUCAUAAACACGUACUGUAAAUGCAUAAACAGAAGCGUGAAUUCACACAAUUGUUCUGAAAUGUCAAAAUGCAGUUUAUUAUGAUUACCAACAAUAUUCGUCAUGAAUUUGUGUUUGUCAUGCUCCUGUACAGCACUUUGAACAGGAUAUUUAAUGCAAAAUAAUAAAAAGAUUGGAUGGUGGAAAGUAACAGGUAGAAUUUAUGACUAAGAAGUUGAAGUUACAUUUUGAUUUGAUUUUAAUACUGAUGAAUCAUUCACUAGGGAUGCAAAAUUCUGGGAAUUUAAGGCUGGAA